AUGUCUACACUGAUUUCAGCAGAUCUUGAAAGAAUCAAUCAUUUCGAAUGGCGUGUAAAACGUUUGGAAAAUUUUAUUGGAAAGUCCGAUGAAAACAAUAUUGUCGGAAUAAUUAAUGAUCUCAAUGAAAAACUUAUUCAGUGUGCAAGCAGUAAUAUGCAUGCCAUUGCAUUAUUGAAACAAGCUGACACAAUCAAUCGUAUAAUCAGUUCAGAUUUUCAAAGUCGUCUACUCAAAGAUCGAUCCGUAAAACUUGAACUUAUUCUUGCUGAUGAAGAACGUAUUCGUGGUGUAACAAAAAUUCUCUCUGAAAUCGAUGCGUCAGCACGUGUACUCGAUGGGGAAUAUUUUCAAGAAAUACCAAACUUAUUCAAGACAUUGAAUAAACUAUUAACUAUUCAUCAUGAUAUCAAGUAUCAACAUAGUGAAUUUACCCAAGAACUAUCCAAGUUUUUACGCGAUUAUGCUGCAUUUACUCUAAUGAUGGAUGAAAAUCUUCAACAAUAUAAAACAAUUUUACGUAAAAAUCAGCAAGAAAUAUCAACUAUUGAAGAUAAUCCAAUUGAAUAA